UAUAUUAGCAUUAAAAAUUGUCGUUUGAGAUGGCAGAAGACGGGAAGUUCCAAAUUGAGAAGUUCGAUGGUACAGAUUUCAGUUGGUGGAAGAUGCAAAUUGAAGAUUUGCUCGUUCAGAAAGAUUUGGACGUGGUUUUGGGUGACAAGCCAGAAAAGAUGUCGGAUGCAGAUUGGGCAAGUUUGGAUCGGAAAGCAAUGUCCGUGAUUCGUCUCUCGUUAACCAAGAAUGUUGCGUUCAACAUUCUGAAGGAUAGGACAACGAAGGGAAUUAUGGAAGCGUUGUCUAACAUGUACGAGAAGCCAUCUGCAGCGAACAAAGUUUUUCUGAUCAGAGAGCUGGUGAACACAAGGAUGAGAGAAGGCACUUCAGUUACCGAGCAUAUCAACAAGUUGAAUUCGAUCUUAGCCAGACUUUUGUCAGUGGGCAUUAAGUUCAAUGAUGAAGUUCAAGCUUUGCUACUGUUAUCGUCUUUCACUGAUAGUUGGUCGGGAACGGUUACAGCGGUUACCGGUUCAGUGGGACCCGAUGGAUUCACCUUUGAUCAGAUUCGAGAUCUCGUUCUUGGCGAGGAUGUUAGAAGAAAGAGUUCGGGGGAGUCAUCUGGUGAAUUGCUUCAUGUUGGUAGAGGCAGAAGAAAUAGCAGAGGUAGUGGGAGCACGAACAGACGAAGAAGUCAGUCGAAGACUCGGGAUAGCUCAGGUGUAACGUGCUGGAAGUGCAAGGAAGUGGGGCAUUUUAGGAAUCAAUGUCCGAAUGAUAAGAAAGUAAACAUUGCUCAAGGCUCUGCGAGUGACGAGGAUGUCGCUCUGACUUGCUGUGAGGAAAGCAAUGUGGAUUCUUGGGUCAUGGAUUCUGGUGCUUCAUUUCAUGCCACCCACAGCGGUGAAGCAUUGCAGAAUCUGGUUAUUAGAGACUUUGUAAAGGUACGACUAGCGGACGACAGAGCUCUUGAUGUGACGGGCAUGGGUGACAUAGUGCUGAAGACCCCAGUCAGUUUCUGGACUUUGAAGGAUGUCAAAGUUGUUCCAGCCUUGAAGAAAAGUUUGAUUUCUGUCAGGCAUUUGGUCGAACAGGGACACGAGGUGAAGUUCAGAGAUGGGCAGUGGAAGGUCGUGAAGGAAAUCUUGUCAUGGCCCGUGGAAGGAAGAGAGGUUCGUUGUAUAUGGUCGAGUUACCAUCUGAGGGAGUGACCGUCCCAGUUCAGAAGAAAAACGAAGUCCGGUUCACAGAGUCUCGUGGGCAGAAUAAGGUUGUCUGUGCAAGAGAGAAACCUAGAGCCGCUGUCUUUCCAAAUUUCACUUGAGCCCGCGGUUGAGGAAUUUCCCGCGGCUCAAUUUAUCUGUAGCCAUUCUGAGCACGCGAAGUGAUAAGCUAGAUUGCAGAUAAGGGUUUUGGUUGCCGGUCAGUAUUCAGCAAGGGAGAUGUCACAAAUAAGAUUGUUAAUGGCUA